AUGGGCCAUGUCUACAUCUGGUCUUAUGAGACCCAGUCAAUUAUCAAAACGUUCGAGCUUACCGAUGUCCCUGUAAGGGCUGGUCGGUUCAUUGCGCGAAAGAACUGGAUUGUCUGCGGCUCAGAUGACUUCCAACUGCGAGUAUACAAUUACAAUACCUCGGAGAAGAUCAUUUCCUUUGAAGCUCACCCAGACUACAUUCGAUCGAUCGCCGUUCAUCCAACCCACCCGUUUGUGUUGACCGCUUCAGAUGAUAUGACAAUCAAAUUGUGGGAUUGGGACAAGUCAUGGAAGUGUGUGCAGGUAUUCGAAGGCCAUAGCCAUUAUGUUAUGGGUCUUGCCAUCAAUCCCAAGCACACCAACACGUUUGCUUCAGCGUGUCUCGAUAGAACUGUCAAGAUAUGGAGCUUGGGCUCACCUAACCCUAACUAUACCCUUGAAGCGCACGAGACCAAGGGUGUAAACCACGUCGAGUAUUAUCCACAGGCCGAUAAGCCGUAUCUUCUCACAACUUCCGAUGACAAGACUGUGAAAGUCUGGGAUUACACCACAAAGGCAUUGAUUGCUACCUUGGAAGGACACACUAGCAACGUAUCUUUCGCUUGUUAUCAUCCAGAGCUUCCAAUCAUUAUAUCUGGUUCCGAAGAUGGAACUAUCAAGCUCUGGCACGCAAACACUUAUAGGCUAGAACAGUCUCUCAGUUAUGGCCUGGAAAGGGCCUGGUGUGUUAGCUACCAACGGGGUAAGCAGGGGAUUGCCAUGGGAUUUGAUGACGGAGCUGUGGUGGUUAAGAUGGGUAGAGAAGAGCCUGCCGUAUCUAUGGAUGGAUCUGGUAAAAUUGUCUGGGCUAGGCACAAUGAAGUCGUCUCUACUGUCAUCAAGGGCGGUGAUACAACUCUCAAAGAUGGUGCACCUCUCUCCCUGCCAACUAAGGAUCUCGGCUCCUGUGAAAUAUACCCUCAGACACUGGCCCAUUCCCCCAAUGGAAGAUUUGUUUCCGUUUGCGGAGAUGGCGAAUAUAUUAUCUACACUGCUCUUGCCUGGAGAAACAAGGCAUUUGGGCAGGCGUUAGAUUUUGCUUGGGGAUCUAAGGACAACAGCAAUGACUAUGCCAUCCGAGAAUCGUCAACCAGCGUUAAGGUAUUCCGAAACUUUAAGGAGAAGAGUGGCGGGCUUGAUGUUGGUUUUCACGCUGAGGGUCUAAGUUCCGGCGUCCUCCUCGGCGUCAAGGGUCAAGGUGGCAUUGGCAUGUUUGACUGGGAAACUGGAGAACUGGUUACCCUUGCAUGUGAAGAUACCUUUUAUGUCCUUCGUUUUUCAAGAGAAGAUUACAUUGCGGGACUCAAUGCUGGACAGGCUGAUGAAGACGGCGUUGAGGCUGCAUUUGAGGUGGUAACGGAUGUUAAUGAAACCGUUCGCACCGGUGAAUGGGUUGGGGAUUGUUUCAUUUACACAAACUCGACAAACCGAUUAAACUACCUUGUCGGUGAUCAAACCUACACGAUUUCACACUUCGAUCAGCCAAUGUACCUCCUUGGAUAUCUCCCCCGGGAUGGACGAAUUUAUCUUACCGAUAAAGAACUCACAACAGUCUCCUUUGCGCUAUCUCUUUCUGUUGUCGAGUAUCAAACCCUUGUCUUACGAGGUGACAUGGACUCUGCUACAGAAUUGUUGGAGGAUAUACCAAAAGAUCAGAUGAACAAAAUUGCCCGAUUCUUGGAAGGCCAGGGCUAUAGAGACCUUGCGCUCGACGUUGCUACCGACCAGGAACACCGCUUCGACCUUGCUCUCGGGCUCGGAAAACUUGACAUUGCACUGGAAAUCGCUAAAGUAACAGAUGUUGAGCACAGAUGGAAGACCGUCGGCGACGCAGCUCUAGCAGCAUGGAAUCUUUCUCUAGCCGAGGAAUGUUACUCUAAUGCCAAAGAUCUUGGAUCCCUACUUUUGCUACACUCGUCAAGUCGAAACAGUGCCGGCCUUCAGAAACUGGCCGAGCAAGCAAAGCAGGCUGGCUCGCACAAUAUUGCAUUCUCUGCUCUGUGGCAGCUGUCUGACGUGGAUGCAUGCAUUGACCUCCUCGUCCAAACCAACCGUUUUGCGGAGUCUGUCUUCUUUGCCCAGACUUACAAGCCUAGCCGCACUCCAGAGCUGACUGUCCAGUGGAAACAGAGCCUUGAGAAAAAUGGCAAAACCAAAGUGGCCCGUAUCAUAGGUGUGCCACCAGGUGUUGAAAAUUCUGAUGAUGACCUUUUCCCUGAGUGGGAUAAUUAUCUCAAACUCGAAGCUGAGGGUGGUAUAAAAACCGCAAAUUUGAUCGAUAUUGAUGCCAAUGGCGAUGAGGAUGAGGCAGCCACAGAGGAAACUGCAGAAGAACCUGUAAACGGUGCUUCUGAGUGA